GAACUCAUCUUUGUGUACACAUUUCUCCUAGUAAAAGUUAAGGUUUGAAUCAGUUUUUAAAUAAUUUAACACCACGUCCAGCACCAUUCAUUCAAAAUAGCUCUUACCAGGUAUCAAAUCAGUUGGAAUUAAUAACUUGCAUCAUACAAGCGAUGGGAGAUAAGAGUCAUGGAUUAUCGAAAGAAGAGAUUGCUAAAAAGUUUAUGCUUCCUGAAAGAAAAAGUAAAAUAGCAACUCUGUUGAAGCAAGAUGGGCAGGCUUAUUGUAUUUGUCGUAGUUCAGACAGUUCACGUUUUAUGAUUGGAUGUGAUGCCUGUGAAGAAUGGUAUCAUGGUGAUUGUAUAGAUGUUACAGAAAAAGAAGCCAAACAUAUAAAACAGUUUUUUUGUGUGAGAUGUAGAGAAGAAGAUCCAACCUUGGUUACUCGGUACAAACCAAGGAAAACUGAAAGGAUUGAAAGGAAUGAUCAAGAUGAUCGAAAACAUAAAAAAUCUAAAGACAAAGAACGAGGUCUGAAAUAUGAAUAUGAUGCACCAUGGAAUCCAGUGAGUCCACUAAAGAAGUCUUCUAAACGUUGUGGUGAAUGUUCUGGCUGUUUAAGGACUGAGAAUUGUGGAAAAUGUGAUGCUUGCAGGCACUUAAAAAAGUACGGUCCAUCAAUUCGUCUGAAACUAAGAUGUGAGCAAAGAGCCUGCAGAGUUAUUACAGAUCCGUUAAAACCAUCUAGAAGUCUUAACCGCAAUGUCAAAAUAAAUAGAAAACGAAGACGAGACUCUAGCAGUGAAAGAAUUGAUUUUUUGGAACCUCCUAGACAUUGCUAUGGCCCUUCUUGCACCAAACAAUCUAGACCUGGUAGUAAAUAUUGUUCUGAAGAUUGUGGAAUAAAGUUAGCUACUAGUAGGAUAUUUCAAGUUCUUCCUCAGAGACUUCAAGAAUGGGCACUUACAUCAUGUAUUGCCGAACAAAAUAAUGGAACAGCUUUAGAAAAUGUAAGAAGACAAAAAGAUGAAGUUUCAAGAAUUCUUCAAGAAUUAGACAAGCGGCAUGCAGAAUUAGACAAAAUUGUGGAAAGAGCAAGGCAUGCCACUAUUGAUCCUAAAGCUGAUAUCGAUGAUAAUGAUGACACUGAGAUGAGUAUGUACUGCAUUACUUGUGGUCAUGAAGUAAAUUCGCGAACUGCUAUAAAACACAUGGAGAAAUGCUUUAAUAAGUAUGAAUCUCAAGCGUCAUUUGGAUCUAUUUUCAAAACAAGAAUUGAAGGGCAGAAUAUGUUUUGUGAUUUUUAUAAUCCAAUCAACCGCACUUACUGUAAAAGAUUACGGAUCCUAUGUCCAGAACAUUGCAAAGAUCCCAAAAUAAGUGAUACUGAAGUUUGUGGUUGUCCUUUAGUGACAAAUGUGUUUGACAUGACAGGAGAAUUCUGUAGAGCACCUAAAAAAAAUUGUAUAAAACAUCAUGUUUGGGAGAAACUUCGCAGAGCUGAAAUUGAUAUGGAACGAGUGAGACAGUGGUUAAAAAUUGAUGAACUUUUUGAACAAGAAAGACAAAUACGACAAAAUAUGGCAUCAAGAGCUGGUGUCCUUGCAUUAUUGCUUCAUUCUACCUAUAAUCAUGAGAUUAUGGAGCACAUUACCCAAGAGCAAACUAGGGAACAAAUGAAAGCAAUGGAAGAGCAAAUGCAAGCAAAAUAUAGUAUGUAGUUAGAUAAUUAGAAUUAAACUGAUUGAUGCAGAAAAAGCGUAACUUUAAACACGUUUAUAUGUAACGCGCAUGUUAUAAAAAAAUCUUACAUGUAAAAGUAUCUUAUCAAAGCAAUAACUUAACUUUUGACUUAAGUAAAUUGUACAUUUUGUAGAAAUUGUAAAAAUGUCAUGACUUUAAUACACAGAUCGACAUACU